UAGGGUGUACCGCCUCCGGGCCUCAGUCUGCCUCUGUCAAUUCCUAGCGGAUCGUUUGUUGUCAAAAUGGAGUUUUUACUUGGAAAUCCUUACAGCACUCCCGUGGGACAAUGUGUAGAGAGAGCCACAGAUGGAGGGUUACAGAGUGAAGACUGGACCCUCAACAUGGAGAUCUGCGAUAUCAUAAAUGAAACGGAUGAGGGGCCAAAGGAUGCCAUGCGGGCGCUGAAGAAGAGACUGAGUGGGAACAAGAACUACAGAGAGGUUAUGCUGGCACUAACGGUAUUGGAGACCUGUGUGAAGAACUGUGGUCACAGGUUCCACGUCCAGGUGGCCAACAAAGACUUCAUUGAUGGCAUUCUCGUCAAAAUCAUCUCCCCCAAAGCCAAUCCUCCUACAAUCGUGCAAGACAAAGUGUUGUCUCUCAUACAAUCCUGGGCAGACGCCUUCAGAAGUAGUCCUGAUCUAACUGGCGUAGUCCACACCUACGAGGAGCUGAAGAGGAAAGGCGUUGAGUUCCCGAUGGCUGACCUGGAUGCCUUGUCUCCCAUUCACACGCCACAAAGAGGUACACCAGAAGUAGACCCAGCCUUGUUAAAGUACCUCGCUCCUGCCUCAUCUGCUGCUGCUACUCCUAAGCCUGGCCCACCCACUCCCGCUGCCACACCGGCCUCCAGCAUCCCUAACCCCAUUACAGCGACCCCCGAGCAGAUUGCCCGUCUGCGGAGUGAGCUGGACGUCGUGAGAGGAAACGUUAAAGUCAUGUCAGAGAUGCUAACUGAGAUGGUUCCUGGUCAGGAAGAUGCGUCUGAUUUAGAACUGCUCCAGGAGCUGAACAGGACGUGCCGGGCCAUGCAGCAGAGAGUGGUCGAGCUGAUUUCGCGCAUUUCCAACGAGGAGGUGACGGAGGAGCUGUUACACGUCAACGAUGAUCUCAACAAUGUUUUUCUUCGUUACGAGAGGUAUGAGAGGUACAGGUCAGGAAGGGCUGCACAGAACAAUGGGAUGUUAACUGAGGCCACAGAAGACAACCUCAUAGAUCUGGGCCCAGGAUCGCCUGCUGUAGUCUCACCCAGGGUCACGUCCAGCCCCCCGCCCAGCUCUGCUGCGGGGGCCACGGCUUCCCCAGCCCGCAGCUCUGCUACUACCUCUCUCUCCACUGCACUGGCUAGUCUUGAUGUAGGUUCAGACAGUGUAAGCGGCACUCUGUCGUCUCUGUCGACACACAACAAGGACGACUUUGACAUGUUUGCUCAGACCAGGAGCAGCUCUCUGGCUGAACAACGUAAAAAUGUAAAGUAUGAAGACCCUCACGCUCUGGGUGGCCUAGCUUCUGCUUUAGAUGUUAGACAACAGAACGCAACCGGGCUGAGGGUUAAAGGGGAUGAAAACCCAGCAGAUCAGGAGCUGCCCAUAGACAGCUGGCUUAUUACCCAAGGAAUGAUCCCCGUAUCGCAGUCCUCUGUCAUGGAUGACAUAGAGGAGUGGCUGUGUGCUGACGUGAAGGGAGAUGGCUCUGAGGAAGGGGUAACCAGUGAAGACUUCGAUAAGUUCUUGGAAGAGCGAGUCAAGGCAGCAGACACUCUGCCAUCUCCGCCCGGAGCUGCCACUGCUCACCCCGCUCGUGCCUCCAGUGGUUCCCAAAAGAAGGCCGAACGGUCGGAGGAUGCCCUCUUCGCCUUGUAGACCGACCUCUCCAUCAGGGCGUCUCUAACGGUUGUGCUAAGCAGUUCCCCUCCAGAACGGUCGUGUUUCAUCGUCGACUGGAAGUGGUGUAGCAAGUGAUCUCCAUCUCCUUGUUCUCUUCUUGCCCCUGUCACUCAAACCCACAGAGGUCCAAAAUGUUUACCGCACACGUUGCUGUGUUGCGUUUUACUAUAAAUGGAUGUAAUAAUCUGUAACGUGGGAUGUACUACUCGCAGCCCUGCAGCUCAUUUGUAACACAAAUGUUGACAGCCUCAUGUGGUUUAAGAAUGUGGUAUAUUACUGCAAGAUGAAUGGGGGAAAUUUAACUGUCCAUGCUUAGACUUGUAUAGAAGCAUUCAGCUAAAGUGAUCUUUUUUUUUAUUUGCAUUUUUACUACAUUCACCUAAUUAUUUAUGCAUUUAUUAUUCUAAUAGUUUAUUCUGAUUAUGUACUAAAGU